UGUUGACAUAGACAUAUGGAAGUCCAAAAAGCCACAUAAAGAUGGAUAAACUGAGGCACAGGGAAAUUAAGUGACUGCCCCACGGUUACACAGCUGGAAAGGACUAGGAUUAGACCUCAGAGCUCCUGACCCUCAGACUUGUGUCUUUCCCAUUGAGCCAUCACGCUGCCUCCCUACUUAAGAGAAAAUACUUUCUGUAAGAUGGAGGUGGAUGCCGACGAGAAACGCCAUCGCACACGCUCCAAAGGGGUUCGAGUUCCCGUGGAACCAGCCAUACAGGAGCUGUUCAGUUGCCCCACUCCUGGCUGUGAUGGUAGCGGUCAUGUUAGUGGCAAAUAUGCAAGACACAGAAGUGUUUAUGGCUGUCCUUUGGCUAAAAAAAGAAAAACACAAGAUAAGCAACCCCAAGAACCUGCUCCCAAAAGAAAGCCAUUUGUAGUUAAAACCGACAACUCCUCAGUAGACGAAUGUUAUGAAACAGAUGGAACUGAGGAAAUGGACGAGAAAGAGGAAGAGGAGGAGGAGGAAUAUUCUGAUGACAAUGAGGAGCAAGGGGAAGAGGAUGAAGAUGAUGAAGAGAUAGAUCGAGAGGAAGAGGAGGAGAUUGAAGAAGAGGAAGAAGAUGAUGAAGAAGAAGGAGAUGUGGAAGAUGAAGAAGAGGAAGAUGAGGAGGAGGAGGAAGAAGAGGAGGAAGAAGAAGAGCAUGAUCAUCAAAUGAAUUGUCACAAUACUCGAAUAAUGCAAGACACAGAAAAAGACGAUAACAAUAAUGACGAGUAUGAUAAUUACGAUGAACUGGUGGCCAAGUCAUUGUUAAAUCUGGGCAAAAUUGCCGAGGAUGCAGCAUACCGAGCCAGGACUGAAUCAGAAAUGAACAGCAAUACAUCAAAUAGUCUGGAAGAUGAUAGUGACAAAAAUGAAAACAUGGGUCGAAAAACUGAGCUGAGUUUAGACUUAGACAGUGAUGUUGUUAGGGAAACCGUGGACUCCCUUAAAUUACUAGCACAAGGACAUGGUGUAGUGCUUUCAGAGAACAUUAAUGACAGAAAUUAUGCAGACAAUAUAUCACAGCAAGAUAACAGAAACAUGAACUUUGUAAUGCUAGGGAAGCCUAUGAACAAUGGACUUAUGGAAAAAAUGGUAGAGGAGAGUGAUGAGGAGGUGUGUCUCAGCAGUUUGGAGUGCUUAAGAAACCAAUGUUUUGAUCUUGCUAGGAAACUCAGUGAGACAAACCCACAGGAAAGAAAUCAACAGCAAAACAUGAACAUCCGUCAACAUGUCAGGCAAGAAGAUGACUUCCCAGGAAGAACACCGGAUAGGAAUUAUUCUGACAUGAUGAACUUAAUGAGGCUUGAAGAACAGUUAAGUCCCAGAUCUAGAACUUUUGCUAGUUGUGCAAAGGAGGAUGGGUGUCACGAAAGAGAUGAUGACACCACCUCUGUUAAUUCAGACAGGUCUGAAGAAGUAUUUGAUAUGACCAAGGGUAAUUUAACCCUUCUUGAGAAAGCUAUUGCUUUGGAAACAGAGAGAGCAAAAGCCAUGAGGGAAAAAAUGGCGAUGGAAGCUGGCAGAAGGGAUAAUAUGAGGUCAUUUGAAGAGCAGCCUCCAAGACAACUUCCUGGGGAGGAGAGAAAGCCUAAAACCAGUGACAGCCAUGUCAAAAAGCCAUACUAUGGUAAAGAUCCCUCAAGAACAGAAAAGAAAGAGAGCAAGUGUCCAACCCCAGGCUGUGAUGGAACUGGCCAUGUAACGGGGCUUUAUCCUCAUCAUCGCAGUUUAUCCGGAUGUCCUCACAAAGAUAGGGUUCCUCCAGAGAUUCUUGCCAUGCAUGAAAAUGUUCUCAAGUGUCCUACACCGGGCUGCACAGGGCGCGGGCACGUAAAUAGCAACAGGAACUCUCAUCGAAGCCUCUCUGGAUGCCCUAUUGCUGCAGCGGAAAAACUGGCAAAAGCUCAAGAAAAACAUCAGAGCUGUGAUGUGUCAAAAUCCAACCAGGCGUCAGAUCGAGUUUUAAGGCCGAUGUGCUUCGUAAAGCAACUAGAGAUCCCUCAAUAUGGCUACAGAAAUAACGUCCCCACAACCACACCUCGCUCCAACUUGGCCAAGGAACUAGAGAAAUAUUCCAAGACGUCGUUUGAAUAUAACACUUACGACAAUCAUACUUAUGGCAAGAGAGCCAUAGCCCCCAAGGUGCAAACCAGGGAUAUAUCCCCCAAAGGAUAUGAUGAUGCUAAACGGUAUUGCAAGAACUCGAGUCCCACCAGCAGCACCACGAGCAGCUAUGCCCCGAGCAGCAGCAGCAACAUGAGUUGUGGAGGCGGCAGCAGCGCCAGUAGCACCUGCAGCAAGAGCAGCUUUGAUUACACGCACGACAUGGAGGCAGCACACAUGGCCGCCACGGCCAUCCUGAAUCUGUCCACGCGCUGCCGGGAGAUGCCUCAGAACCUCUCCACCAAACCUCAGGACCUCUGUGCCCGGAAUCCUGAUAUGGAAGUUGAUGAAAAUGGAACUUUGGAUCUAAGCAUGAACAAGCAGAGACAACGGGAUGGGUGCUGUACCAUUUUGACACCUCUAGAGCCAAUGUCACCACAGCGACAGGCGGUGAUGAACAAUCGGUGUUUCCAACUGAAUGAGGGUGACUGCUGGGACUUGCCAGUAGAUUACACCAAAAUGAAACCCAGAAGGAUAGAUGAAGAUGAUUCCAAAGAGAUUAAUCCAGAAGAUUUGGACCCUUUCCAGGAGGCACUAGAGGAAAGAAGGUAUCCCGGUGAAGUGACCAUUCCCAGCCCCAAGCCCAAGUAUCCUCAAUGCAAAGAAAGCAAAAAGGAUUUAAUAACUCUCUCUGGCUGCCCUUUGGCUGACAAAAGCAUUCGAAGUAUGCUGGCCACCAGUUCACAAGAGCUCAAGUGUCCCACCCCUGGUUGUGAUGGCUCUGGACAUAUUACUGGCAAUUAUGCUUCUCAUCGAAGUCUUUCAGGUUGUCCAAGAGCAAAGAAAAGUGGAAUCAGGAUAGCACAAAGCAAAGAAGACAAAGAGGAUCAAGAGCCCAUUAGAUGUCCAGUUCCUGGUUGUGAUGGUCAGGGUCAUAUAACUGGAAAGUAUGCAUCCCACCGCAGUGCGUCAGGGUGCCCUCUAGCAGCCAAAAGGCAAAAGGAUGGGUACUUAAAUGGCUCCCAGUUCUCUUGGAAGUCAGUGAAGACGGAAGGUAUGUCAUGUCCCACUCCAGGAUGUGAUGGCUCAGGACACGUCAGUGGUAGUUUCCUUACACACCGCAGUCUAUCAGGAUGCCCACGAGCCACAUCAGCCAUGAAGAAAGCAAAGUUGUCAGGAGAACAAAUGCUAACGAUAAAGCAGCGGGCCAGUAAUGGUAUAGAAAACGAUGAAGAAAUCAAACAGUUAGAUGAAGAAAUCAAGGAGCUAAAUGAAUCCAAUUCCCAGAUGGAAGCAGAUAUGAUUAAGCUCAGAACUCAGAUUACCACAAUGGAGAGCAACUUGAAGACGAUCGAAGAGGAGAACAAAGUAAUUGAACAGCAAAAUGAGUCUCUUCUUCAUGAACUGGCUAAUUUAAGCCAGUCUUUAAUUCAUAGUCUAGCUAAUAUCCAGCUGCCACAUAUGGAUCCAAUCAAUGAACAAAAUUUUGAUGCUUACGUGACUACUUUGACGGACAUGUAUACAAAUCAAGAUCGUUAUCAGAGUCCAGAAAAUAAAGCCCUACUGGAAAAUAUAAAGCAGGCUGUGAGAGGAAUUCAGGUCUGAACAGCUGCUGUAGUGAUGAAAAUCUUGCUUAAAAAAA